AUGAUGGAAGAAUUGCAUAGCCUGGACCCACGAAGGCAGGAACUACUGGAGGCCAGGUUCACUGGAGUCGGGGUUGCUAAGGGUCCAUUAAAUAGUGAGUCUUCCAACCAGAGCUUGUGCAGCGUGGGUUCUCUGAGUGAUAAAGAAUUGGAGACUCCUGAGAAAAAACAGAAUGACCAGCGGAAUAGAAAAAGGAAAGCAGAAGCAUAUGAGACCAGUCAAGGAAAAGGCACUCCUAGAGGACAUAAAAUUAGUGAUUAUUUUGAGUUUGCUGGGGGAAGUGGCCCAGGAACCAGUCCCGGUAGGAGUGUGCCGCCUGUCGCCAGAUCAUCACCGCAGCAUUCCUUAUCCAACCCCUUGCCGCGGCGAGUGGAGCAGCCGCUGUAUGGGGUAGACGGCAGCACAGCAAAGGAACCGCAGGAGGAACACUCUGCUCUGCCAACGCUGAUGUCGGUGAUGCUGGCGAAACAACGGCUAGAGAAUGAGCAGCUGGCACAGAGGGGAGGUGGCCUCUGUUUUACUUUUGUCUCGGCCCAGCAAGGCAGCCCAUCUUCUACCGGAUCAGGGAACACUGAGCAUUCCUGCACUUCCCAAAAACAGAUUUCCAUCCAGCACAAACAGUCACAGUCUGACCUCACAAUGGAAAAAAUAUCUGCACUAGAAAACAGUAAGAACUCUGACUUGGAGAAGAAGGAGGGGAGGAUAGAUGAUUUAUUAAGAGCCAACUGCGAUUUGAGACGGCAGAUAGAUGAGCAGCAAAAGAUGCUGGAGAAGUACAAGGAGCGGUUGAAUAGAUGUGUAACGAUGAGCAAGAAGCUUCUUAUAGAAAAGUCAAAACAGGAGAAGAUGGCAUGCAGAGAUAAGAGCAUGCAGGAUCGAUUGAGGCUAGGUCACUUCACUACGGUGCGGCACGGGGCGUCUUUCACCGAGCAGUGGACAGAUGGCUAUGCCUUCCAGAACCUCAUCAAGCAACAGGAAAGGAUAAAUUCCCAGCGGGAAGAAAUAGAAAGACAACGAAAAAUGUUAGCAAAACGGAAGCCACCUGCAAUGGGACAGACCCCUCCAGCAAGCAAUGAGCAGAAGCAGCGCAAGAACAAGACCAAUGGAGCAGAAAAUGAAACACUGUUCACUGCAGACCUUGAACCUGCGUUGAAACCUAAUGCAUUGGAUCUGUCUCUUCUGUGCAGGUUAACAUUAGCAGAAUACCAUGAACAGGAAGAAAUCUUCAAACUCCGACUAGGUCAUCUUAAAAAGGAAGAAGCAGAGAUCCAGGCAGAGUUGGAACGACUAGAGAGAGUUAGAAAUCUACAUAUCAGGGAAUUGAAAAGGAUACAUAAUGAAGAUAAUUCACAAUUUAAAGACCAUCCAACGCUAAAUGAUAGAUAUUUGUUGCUACAUCUUCUGGGUAGAGGUGGCUUCAGUGAAGUAUAUAAGGCAUUUGAUUUAACAGAACAGAGAUAUGUAGCUGUGAAAAUACACCAGUUAAAUAAAAACUGGAGAGAUGAGAAGAAAGAAAACUAUCACAAACAUGCGUGUAGAGAGUACAGAAUUCACAAAGAACUGGAUCAUCCUCGAAUAGUUAAGCUAUAUGACUACUUUUCGCUGGAUACUGACUCGUUUUGUACAGUGUUAGAAUACUGUGAGGGAAAUGAUCUGGACUUCUACCUGAAACAGCACAAGUUAAUGUCGGAGAAAGAGGCGCGAUCCAUUAUCAUGCAGAUUGUGAAUGCUUUAAAAUACUUAAAUGAAAUCAAACCUCCCAUCAUACACUAUGACCUUAAACCAGGUAACAUUCUUCUAGUCAAUGGUACUGCAUGUGGAGAGAUAAAAAUCACAGAUUUUGGACUUUCCAAAAUCAUGGAUGAUGACAGCUACAACUCUGUUGAUGGCAUGGAACUGACAUCGCAGGGGGCUGGUACUUACUGGUAUUUGCCACCUGAAUGUUUUGUGGUUGGGAAAGAACCUCCAAAGAUUUCAAAUAAAGUCGAUGUCUGGUCAGUGGGAGUCAUCUUCUAUCAGUGUCUCUAUGGCAGAAAGCCCUUCGGUCACAACCAGUCACAACAAGAUAUUCUGCAGGAGAACACAAUUCUGAAAGCUACCGAGGUGCAGUUCCCCCCAAAGCCAGUAGUCACGCCAGAAGCAAAGGCAUUUAUCAGACGUUGUUUGGCCUACCGAAAGGAGGAUCGGAUAGAUGUCCAGCAGCUGGCCUGUGACCCGUACUUGCUGCCUCACAUCCGCAAAUCUGUAUCCACAAGCAGCCCAGCUGGAGCUGCAAUUGCAUCAACCUCUGGAUCAUCCAAUAACAGCUCUUCAAACUGAGACAGAGUAAUAGGCCAAAAACUGCUUGAGAAACCGGCAAAAAGACUUUCAGAAACAGCUUUGGAAUAGAGGAAUCCGCAAGGGUCUCAAGAAACCUGUACCAGGUGCUUUUUUUUCUCUUGCUUUUUUCCAUCCAUAGAGCAUGACAACAUCAACUCUCAUCAAGAAAACCUUCGGCAUCUAGGCCAAGCCAUGUGGAUAGGAGAUGGCUUGAGGUUUAUCCAGUAAAUGACCACAAAGGGUGGCUGCUCUGAGCAAGGAGGGGAAACUCAAGAAAAUACAAAAAGACAUGGUUCCAUGUACUGUGAACUUCUGAACAUGCAGCCUUGGGGAAUCCAGGACGCCGUGUGUGCUUCAUAUGAAGAAUGUGGACUUUGGAAAAAGACUGGGCUAGUCCAGUGUUGAUAUUUAAACAUUGUUCUUUUUCUUUUAAUAAAGUUUAGGUAACAUCUCCUGAAAAGCUCGAAGCACCAAGGUUCAGCUGGGGAUGGUAUAUGACUCUUUGCCCUUUGGAGGGGAAAAAAGUUGAUCCUGCCUGUUCAUGGCACUAGAGUUAGUGUUUUACCCCUAAUUAAUUUCAGUUUUUUAAAAAUAACAAUUUUUUGGAAGAAAACAGUUUUCUGGUCUCAAAGUGAAACCCGUAUUAGCAGGUUCAUGGCAGUGUCCAUUCUGCAGAUGGUGCAGCUUUCUGCUGCCUUGGGGUGGCCUCUUAGGAGUAAUUCACCUUCUCGGGAGGGCAGUGAGGCCCAUAGGAGAAGAGGCCUGCGUAGAUCUCCUGUGGCCAGAGUGGAUCACAGCUCAGACUGCCACAAGGUUUUCAGCUGCUGCUUCAUAGCUCUCACAACGGUUGCACCUUUUUAAUUUAUUUGAAGUGCUGUUCUUUUUGAAAACAUACCCUGACAUGUUCACGACGUGCUCUCUGCUGUCGUGAGCAUGAUACUUUUCAACUGUUGACAGUUGAAAAGGCAGGCACUGACCGGGAAAGAAUCGAAGCACAGCUCAGUUGAUCACAGGUGUGAUCUGUGCUCACACAGUACUGUACAUAUCUUGUUCAUGUUAGAAAAAUCCAAAGCUGAAGACUUGUCUGCUCCUCUCAGUUAGGUGACUUGGCAGCAAAGCUCCCUCUUUCCCUUAACAGUUUCCUUUUAAAACUUGCUGACUUUUCUAACUUGCUGCCAUUGCUGCAUCCGAUUUCAAAUGAGAGGGAACGAGAUAAUGUUCUUGAAGGGUGCAAACACGCUAAUAUUUUUGUCUCCCUUCUGUAAUCUGCCUGGAGGGGCCUUACACCUUCAGCUGGAGUCUGCCUGCUGUGAAACGCAAGCCUCUUGUCCCCACUCUGCCCCCUUUUCCCCCCACAUUGAAGGAAAACUGAAAACACACACAAAAAGCACAGCACUUGAACAUGUGGCAGCCAGGUUGGAGUGCUCCUAACAUGUGGCAGGAGUUCAUAGCCAGAAAUAUUUAAAGAUGCAGUGUUCAAGGGCAAGGUUCGUCUCGGGAGGGAGCCGAGCAGUGGACUACUGCAAUUCAGGGUGUUGUUUAAAAACAAAUUACCCUGGACACACUUCCUAACUCAAUACCCAGACCACUGUGGUGAGGACUAUCCUCUGUGCGGUACCUCCAGGAUUGUUCCCGCAGCUCCGGCAGCACAUGGGCUGUUUGGGGUGCUCGGUACCCGAAUGGCAUUCUCAUGGCAAGCGGUGUUCUCCAUCAUGCACUUCUGGAGAGAACUACCACUUGUCUGUCUUAUUGUAAGCCAUCGUCUGCAAAUAUUACACUUAAACCUUAAGCAGGAACUUUUAGUUAACUGAAAAAUGGAGGAGUCUGUUGAAAUCAAGCAAUGGACCUGGGAAGUGGAGAACUCUGCCACUUUGACUUUUAUUACUAUUUUUGUAGUGACUCAGGCUUUUAAUUGGAUGUAUUCACUUGCAGCUGCAUUAAGGUGGUCUCUAAACUGUAGUGUUUUAAACAAAGAAAAGAAAUACUGCAUCUUUAAAUCCUUAGCCAUAAUUUCUUAGCCCUUUCCAUCCCUGCUGCUCUGUUCCACAAGUUAACUGUUUAGCAAGCAGCACUUCGACAUGUCUAUUCAGCCUCUGUCAGGCAAAAUCAGGGUUGAUGCUUCAUCCUGUUUGCUGAAACUGGUUAUUUGGUGUCUGUCCACAUCAGGGAGAAUUCUAAAAGGGUUUUUUCUAUCCCGGUCCCGUUGUUUCUUGGACAUACAGUGUGUGCUAUCUCUGUGGGUGUGAUUAGUUUUGUGUCAGAUACAUUUAUUCCUGCUGUGCGACACCCAUCCAGGGGCCUGGGGACAGCAUUGGCCUUUCCUGGGGCUGAUAGCAGUGAAGAACCCUGGUAGAAUUCUGGCUGCGACACCUUCCUUGUUAAUAUGGGUUUCACUUCCAAUAACAGACCCUAUUGCCACACUGUUCAUUUACUUAAAGAAAAGUGUAUGAAGAAUUUGUAACUUAAACCAGGCCAGACUGUUUUGGCUCUACCCAACAGAUGAGACAUGGAUA